UCUCGGCCUCCGGACGAGUCCAACGUCUGCCAUGACGUCACUACACGGUCGAAACGAACGGUCGAUGGGCUCCGUUGCCAGUUCGUGUCGUGGGGGAGACGGUGCGAUCACCAUGUGCAUCUCGGUCGGUAUGGUUGCCGUCUUCUUUCUCGUCUCCGAUAUUUGGAGCGUGAAUGCCGAGAAUUGCGACGAGAAUUCUCUACAGAGAUGCAUGCAGGAACUAAACGUGUUGACGAACAAUCAAGACUUGGCCUUCGCUCACACGGAGGAAGAAUUAAAAACGGUGUGCAAACACUUACAAGAAGCGAUGGUCUGCGUUAAUCGUUUUACAGAAAGAUGUUUCGAUGCGGAACAACAACAAAUUUAUCAGACGUUGACCAGAGGAGCGCAACAACUUUUAUCAGAUUUGUGCACCGAUGGAUCGGAAUUUCGAAAAAAAUAUCUGAAGCAUGCCGGUUGUUACAAACAGCUAUCUGCAGACUAUAAAAAAUGUUCCGAAGAUUACAUUAGACAGCAAGAAGUCAUGAAAACACAAGAACUUCCAGAAGAAGAACAACUGAGAAAGUCUUGCUGCUUGUUCGACGGCUACAAACAAUGCACUAGGAACGCCGUUUUGGCCAAGUGCGACGCGGAAGCGGCCGACCUGGGUGAACAGAUCGUCAUCAAGGCAGGAGGAUUCCUGGUACAGAACCACUGUCGCAAUUACCGCUACGACUCUCCCGAAUGCGCCUCGGGAUGCGCGGCGCACGCUUCUUUGGCCUUAUCCGCGCUUCUCGCCCUCUUCGCGAUACUCCGCGUCCAGGUAUAGAGGAGCUCUUCCCCGCGCGCCGUUUCCGACACACCGCCCGCGCGCUCCAAGUUGGACGCGCUACCCGACGUCGCCACCGUUUCCGAAAAUCUUAACUUUUCUACGGUCGGUUAUUUGCGAUCGUUUGGGUACAAUUUAGUCUAGAGUCGUCGUUCGUCUAUAUGUGAACACGUAGAAGAGGAAAUAGAUCAAAGUUUACUUUUGUAUGCAGUCGGAUGUGAAGUGGUUGGUGAAUGUCCGUCGUUUUUAUAGUGACCUAUUUUGUUACAUAAACGUAUUUAUUUCGUUCCGAAAUUUGUGACUAAAAUACUUUCGUAACAUUUUUAUUAAUAAAAUACAUUUUCCAGCUA